UUUUAAUGUCUAAGUCAGAUAAUUAAAUUGUUAAUCCAUCAGGGUGUUUCAUAUUUCUUUAAGCCAAAAAAUUGAUAGAUCCUAUUGAUGAUGAAUAGUAUAGUGCAAUCCAAAAAACAUUCUUUUCAACUUCAAUCACUGUUGGAUUAUUUUCAUUUUUAUGGGCAAGAUUUUACGAAUUAGGAAAAUAUAAAUUAAUGAUUCCAAAUAGAUUGAUGUUCUAUGUUGUAGCAGUAGGUGCUCCUUCUAUUGCACAUGCAUUUUAUAGAACAAAUGAGCUUACUGGUUUUAUUAGUCAGAUGGACCAGAAAUAUUAUGAAUAAUAUAAAGCAUUGAGUUAAUAAUGAAUUUU